AUGAGGUUGGCUUAUCAUCUUUCAUGCCCAGCGAAGACUCAUCAGCAGGAAAAUGUCGCUCAGAGUAACAAGCGCCUAAAGUUUAUCACGGGCCAAGCCAAGGGCGUAUCUGAUCACCAACUCACUGUGCUGGCGACAAGCUCGAGGACGCCAGAAUCGUUGAAUUUAUCUUAA